GAGAAUGAGGCCAACAUGGCCACUACACUUCUACACACAACCCCAACUUUCCUCUCCCCAAUUCCUCCGACACCAACCCCUCUACUCCGCCGCCGCCGCCGCUACCGAAGCAGAAUACUUAAAGCACCCUUAUCGUCUUCAUUCCGUAACGGUGGGCCAGCAGAGACAGAGUGCCCUGUUCCAGUGGAGCAGCAGCCCAUAAACGAGUACCAGAACCUGUCCACGUCCUUCCCCUUCUCGUGGGCCUCCGGCGACCUCGUGGAGUACUGCUCUCGCCUGAUCGCCACCGGCGCCUCCUUCUCUCUGUUUGUGGGCCUCCCCGUCGCCUCCUUCGGCGUCUUCGGCGCCCAGUCGGAGCCCCUCAAGCAGUCUCUCUACGCUGUUUCCAGUGGCUUUUUGGUCGUCACUCUCGCCGUCGUCAGGAUGUACCUCGGUUGGGCUUACGUCGGCAACCGCCUGCUUAGUGCCACUGUUGAAUACGAAGAGACUGGGUGGUAUGACGGUCAGAUAUGGGUCAAGACUGCUGAGGUUUUGGCGCGCGAUCGGCUUCUUGGUUCAUUUUCUGUGAAGCCGGUACUGAGCAGAUUGAAGGUAACGCUGGUGACCCUUGCAGCAUCAAUACUUGUAUGUGUUGUUGUCCUCCUGUACAUCGAUGGAGGCCAAAUUCAAGAAGCUGAGAAUCGGGUUAUACGUGGAGUUUACAACGAUGAUUCUGCAAGAUCAUUCGAGCCAGAUGCGUUUUGUGGGGGUGAUUCUGGUCCUCCCCAAUAACAAUGUCUCAGGCAAUGUGCCUAAGUACUAGUAUAUAACCCUCUGGCUGUACAUGAAAUAUAAAUGGCUUCCUCAAGUUGUACUUUUGAUUCAUAUUCUAAUGAUAAAAAGAUUCAUACAUUAUGAAA